GAACAGAGGCCAGUAUUUAGUCACUCAGCAGAGGAGCUUUACAUGUAACUCAGUCGAUGAUAUCCAUCCCACCUUGUUUGGAUCAAAAGGAGGAUCUUUCUACUGUCUUUUUUUCAAGGACUGUUGCUCUUUUCAACUCCCAGAAGCGCUGCGUCGUGACCGCAGGUUCUUUUUACGCACAGAUCUUAAAAUCAAAAAAAGGACAAUGCCUCGUUCCUUCUUGGUAAAGACGUAUUUCGCUAAACAAAAACCAAACUACAGUGAACUGGAAUGUCAGAAUGAUGCUUCAAUGGAGACCUAUCCUCUAGCUGAAGUACCAUCAACAGACAGCACCUCCACCUGCUUCCCCACAGGUCUGGUGUGGGACCUGAGCGUCCUCCCUGCACUCUAUCUGCCUUCAACCCUUUCAGAUCCCUCUGGCACCUCAGGCCCCCUGGACCUGAGUUCCCCAUGCAGCCUCAGCAGCAGUGCCAGCAGCAGCGGAGAGGAAGAUGAGGGUCGUACCUCCGACCCCCCCAGCCCAGAACCUGUCAUCACAUACGCCCCUCGCCAGAGGAUGAAGUGCACCGGCAUUAUGGCUCACGUCAGCCCCCCUGAAGAAGAAGAGGAAAGAGGAGAGACCCCCGUUACAGCUGCUAGGCCGGCUUUCCUCUGCAAACACUGUCCCAAAGAGUAUACCAGCUUGGGCGCACUGAAGAUGCACAUCCGCUCACACACCCUACCUUGUGUUUGCACCACCUGCGGGAAGGCGUUCUCCAGGCCCUGGCUGCUCCGUGGCCACAUUCGCACACAUACAGGCGAGCGCCCAUUCUCGUGCCCCCACUGCAACCGAGCUUUUGCGGACCGUUCCAAUCUGAGGGCCCACCUGCAGACCCACGCUGAGGUAAAGAAGUACCAAUGCAGCGUCUGCUCACGCACCUUCAGCCGCAUGUCCCUGCUGCAGAAACACAGCUCAUCAGGGUGCUGCUCCAAUUUGGGAUGAGGCACCACAAGGGGCGAGGAGAAGAGCCACCAGGAGCUCAGUGACAUGGAAAACAUGUGAAGCCCUUUCAGAUUGUUUAAAAUGCCACAAAGAUCACAAAACUGCCUGAUUUAAGAGACCUGGAGGGAAUCAGCUCUCACUGCGGAUCUAACUUACAAGCAUUUUGUUUGGUUCUCUGUUCCCUUGUAAAACAGUUGAGAAGCAGUUUUUUUUUAAAUAUCUUCUAUUUUUGACUGUGUUUUUGAGGCUGGACCAUUUGAACUGAACAAAACUCACUCGAGUUAAGUGCCUUUCUUGCUAUGUGUGCCCAUUCCAAACAACAAAUACCAUGAAUUCAUUGGAUGAAGAAGUCGUCUCCCAUCUUCUUCGUGGUGCCGGUCAGCUCAGGAUCAUGGCAGAGAUGCAGCUGCUCAGAGGUAGGGGUGCGUGGGUGGGAUAAAUCCCUUGGCGCGUCUGAAAGUGCACACACAAAAGCAAAUGCACACAGCUGUCCCUGGUACUGUGGUGCAGAUAGACGAGGUGCUAACAGGUGCUACAGCCAUGACCUUCACUAGCUGAUAGCAGGUGACUUCCAAUACCCUUGGUUUACUUAAGGAAAAAGAGGAAGUAUGUCAUCACAGAAGAAUGGAACCAGUUUAUUUGUUUUUUUUAUUCCUAUGCCGAUGUGGAUCAUUGUAAGCCUCUGUUUUGACUUAAACCAGAACCUUUGCUUUAAUCCGAUGGGUUUCAGUGAUAGGAAAAGCCAUUCUGCUGUUUUCCAAUAAAAAAGUCAGUGUGUCUCCUGCAAACAUGUAUAAAAAUGAAAGCCAUGCACUCAAGGUUACUACAGUGUUAACGAUAUCACCCAAAGCCAUAUGACUAAAAUGAAUGUGCCUUGAAAUUGUAUUAUUCAUGCAACCAAAGUGUGCCUUUUUUUACCUCACGUGGUUUUAAAUCCUGAUUUCAGUAUUAACAGAGAAUUAGUUAAAGUAAGAACUGCCAGAAGGCGGGGACCAAAGAUGUAAUCAGUUUACACCAUGGAAACAUGGUUGCCUGACAUGUGAUGAAAGCCAUGUAAAAUGGACCAUACGUAAAUGAAUUUCUAGCAUUCUUAAAUAUUUUACAGCUGUAUUUUUAGUGCAAUGUAAAGAUGAUGUGUUAAUUUUUUUUUUUACUUUGCUGUGUGUUCACCUUCAAUUCCUGUAUGCCUUAAAUGAUGCAUUUUCAUUCAAUAAAGUAAUUUA